AUGGAUCCUCCUCUGACCCCGACCCCCGGUGUCGGCGGCUUCGAAGCGCGCAUGUCGCCGUCGACCUCUAGUCCCUCCAGCCCAAGAAAGCGCCCCCAACUCAGCGAUUACCCACUUUCCACUGAUAGCAGGACUGGGAAUGGUCCAAUGGGCGGUCGAGACCCAGGACAUGCUCCGGCCACGACGACCGAGACCCGCUUAGAGUCCCCCGCGCCUGAUGACGGUGGUAAACCUUCCAAGGCUUCCAAACGCAAGAAGAAUCGCAAUCGCAAACGCCGCAACCGCCAGGAAUCGUUCCUCACGCCGGGUCGGGAAGAUUCUCAUGAUCGCUCGGGAACGAGAUCAACAGGGACCGGUGGGGCUAAAGAUUCGACGGAAGGCGAGCUGCCAACAGCAAUGGACCGUCCGUCAUUUUUCAAAUUGGGCAGUAAUUUGAGUAACACUAGCAUCGAGAGCAAUGCCUUGCUAGACCAUCGUGAGCAACCUAUGAUGCGACCUCGGCGAGAGAGCCGCACUGCCACAACAUUCCGCCCUUCAUUACUCGCCGGUACCUUUAGGUCCUACGAAUCUCGAUCUCGGAACACAGCAGGAGGGAGCCGAACACAUAACAAUGGCGGUGACAGCGAUGACGAGACUAAUGAUCGGACACCAUUAAUGCGCCCACCUUCUGGGACUACCUCCGGUCUCUCUCGCUAUGGAUCUGAUUUGCGAAGCCCGUUCUCUCGUCAGCGACGAGCGUCUGGCCAGACAGACUCAUCACAAUGUUCGCCGCGAGGUCACCAUAGCCCACCUUAUACUCCCGAUGUCGAGCGCGACUAUGAUGUAAACAACCCACCAUCGAUCCCGAGCUCGCCGAAGCUGGGGCCAGAAAUGAACUACGAUGAUGCCGUGGUCACGGGUGCCGAUUUUGACUUCGCGUUGGCGCGGUCCAUGGAGAACCGUCACGAUUCGUCAGGACGCAUAAACGAUGCUGUGAUCGACAUAGAAGGUUGUGGACUUGAACAACAUUCCGCGCCGUCUUCCCUUCGCUCCGGGCAUGAUUCUCCGGCGGAAUUACGGCGACGCCGAACGGUGGCUCUGCCAGUGCAGGAGGAUGUAUGCUUCCCCACCGAGAUUUCCGAAAUUGGUGACGAAGGCCCGAGGCUGCCUAUGAGUGGUGAGCGGCGACGUCGAAGCAAGCGUCAAUGGCCGGACCUGUCCGUUCUUGAAGAAUGGAGCCGGGAGGAGAAAGAGGAACGAAGUGGAGAUCUACGGGUGAAAAAAAUCAGCGAGCCUAUGCUCAUCGAAGGCCGCCUUCGUCCCCAGUAUAAAACGUGGAAGCGCGAAGAGGAAGAAGCGCCAUAUCGAUUCACCUAUUUCAACGAAGAAUUUCAGAGCACCAUUCAUGCUCAAUCUAUAUCAGAGUUGGUUCAACCGGGUGGUAGCUUCAAAGACCUCUUCAUUCCCGACCCGCCUGAACUAGAGGACUCUUCGGAUGAUGAAGACUUUGAAGGCGAUCACGCGGAGCACGGUGUUAACCACUGGGCUCCUCGCAUGGGUACCAGGGUCUCGCCCUCCCACAACGACUUACGGUCUUCAACUGCAACCAGUGGCACCGCAACCCCUGCCCCAGAUCAUAUGAGAAAUGGAAAUGGAAAUGCAAAUCCGCCAAGUGCCUCGAACGGAAACCGAGGUCACCCACGCUUGUCUGUGCUGAGUGAUGAAGGUCCAGGAUCUCAACGAGAACCAUCACCAUCGCAAUCCAACGUCCCUCCAAAGCCGAAAAGAUAUGGUCCUCGUCCAACCUUCUGGCUGGAUGUGCUCUCCCCGACAGAUGCCGAGAUGCGUGUGAUUGCCAAAACAUUCGGCAUCCACGCCCUAACAGCAGAGGAUAUCAUGAUGCAAGAAGCACGAGAAAAGGUGGAGCUGUUCCGCAGCUACUACUUUGUUAAUUAUCGCACGUUUGAACAGGACACCAACAGCGAGGAUUAUCUCGAGCCCGUGAAUAUGUACGUGGUUGUGUUCCGAGAAGGCGUUUUGUCCUUCCACUUCUCGCAAACACCGCACCCAGCCAAUGUACGACGCCGAAUUCGCCAACUUAUGGACUACCUGAUCUUGAGCUCGGACUGGAUUUCCUACGCUCUCAUCGACGACAUCACCGACGUCUUCGGCCCCCUCAUUCAAAACAUCGAGGAUGAGGUCGACGAGAUCGACGAGAAGAUUAUGCAGAUGCACUCCUCGAACAAAGAAAAUGCCUCUGGAGACAGUCUAACCCCCUCCUUUGCACCGGGAGAAAUGCUGCGACGUACCGGUGAAUGCCGCAAGACGGUCAUGGGACUCUACCGACUACUCAGCAACAAGGCCGACGUGGUCAAGGGGUUCGCCAAGCGCUGCAAUGAGCAGUGGGAGGUGGCGCCGAAGUCCGAGAUUGGCCUGUACUUGGGUGACAUCCAGGAUCAUAUCAUGACCAUGACAGGAAACUUGACUCAUUACGAAACGAUCUUGUCUCGUGCCCAUUCCAACUACCUGGCACAGAUCAAUAUUCUCAUGAAUGAGCGCCAGGAGCAGACUGCAGAUGUCUUGGGCAAGCUGACGGUGCUUGGUACUAUUGUCCUGCCGAUGAACAUAAUCUGUGGCAUGUGGGGUAUGAACGUCAAGGUUCCGGGUCAGGAUAUUGAUAACCUGUAUUGGUUCUGGUCUAUAACUGGCGGCCUGUUUCUCUUUGGUCUUGCCUCGUUCUUGAUUGCCAAACGAGUCUAUAAUAUCGUCUAG